CUGUUUGUCUUCGCAGUCUGCGGCGAGCCACGUCGUGACAGAGUUUGGAAGCGGCUGAAGGAGGAGAGAAGGUGGAGAGAAAAGACUCGCAGGUGGUGUCCUCCUGUCAGAAACACGCACGACACACGGCUGACAGCGGGAGACCGAAGGGGUGAAAGCGAGUACAAGAGUGACACAGAUCAACACGCACUCAGAGUGGAAGAGGCAGCCGGCCAUCUGUGUUUGGUCCCUUGCCAUUCUGCAGCUGUGUUGGAAUGGUUUUUGGCUUCGUCAGGACUUCAUAAACCACAGAGGGAGAUAAGGGGUUUUUUCAUAAGUCUCAAUGCCCAGGAGAUGAGCUCAGGGUAGGGCAAUGUUAAGGCCUUGCUGGCCUCAGCUAAAUCCCUGGGCUGUUUCUGUGGAGGGACGGGUGAUACCCCAGCUGGAUCUUCUGUUGUCGCCAUCCUCCACAGCUAUCAUUAGCAGAUAAUGAGCUGCUGCUAGAGAGGAAGCGGGGAAGGUGCCUGUGGAGAAAGAAUGAACCGUACAGCUAUUAUUAAGAGGCCCAUUGAUUUGAAAAAAGGAAUUGCAGUAUUUGCCUCGGCAAGGGAGUGGGACCCUUUAAAGCUGCUUCAGGUGCAAGAAUGAAUGGAUAACAACUUUGGAAGUGGAUAUUUCUUUUCAGGUGUUGAUUGCCAGCUGUUUUUUGUUUGUGAUUCAGCAUUGUCUGAAAACUAUCACCAUGCAGUUGAAAAACACCGUAUUUCAACAAGAUGAUUUAGUGUUUGGAUGUACACUGAUAUAAACUCUCAACCAAAAGAAUAAAAAAAUCCAGUGGGAUUUUUUUGUCAAAGUUAUUUUGCUUUUGUUUUACAUUUGAUAUUAUUUUUAUCUUCCUAUGCCCUGAAACACAUUGGCCACCAUGGCAGCAGCCUAUCGUGUAGUGGUGAGCAGUGUGAGCUGCUAUAACAGUGUGGUAGUGGACCGGCGCACACACUCCCAUGCUGUGCACUACUGCUCAGGGCCAUGUGGGGCACUGUCCCGGGGACUGGACUGUACUGUGGCACACCAUGGCACCUGCUCCGAGCUACUGGUUGCACCAGACUCAGCAUACACUGACGCCUACAGCUCGCCCAUACACUCUUGUAACAUGACCACUCAGCUACUCCCUAAUCAUGGCAAAAUUACCAUGGAUAGUUAUAAUAGCAGCCUAGAAAGGGCGGGCAGCAGUGACAGUUUGUCUUUAGGGGAAGACAGCCCUGUGUGGCGCAAAAAGACCCCAGGUUGCGGAGGAUCAACUGGGAACCUGAGCUUCUCUGGCAGUUUGAAGGAUAUUACUGAAGAGGCCAUCAACCUGGCCAGUGGUAAGCUCAAAGAGUUUUCUUUUGACAAGCUUCGCCUGUCCUCCUCAAGCCACGUCACCUUCCGGAAAGGUCGUAAGGUCCGUCCUGACUCUUUCAGUCGUCGCUCCACCGACCUGGAUAUCAUUUAUGGCCACUUCAGCUCUAAUAUCAUGACUAACGGAACAACUAAUGGCAUGACAAAUGGCAUAGCUACUUCUAAUGAUGAGAACAUGCCACCCUUUGUGCUAGGGAGAGGGGCAGGUCUGGAGGAGACAAAGCUAAAGGCUAACUCAGGCUCCUUGUCAGCCACCUCCAAAGUGGGCAGUGGCUCAAGUAUUGGGUCAUUAGAUCAAAGUGUGAAUACUGUGGCCUCCCUGUACCGAAACACUCUAGGAGAGGAGAACCUAAUUGCCCGUCUGCUAGAGAAAACACAGGCAGAGGGUGGCACUGGGGGAGCCGGCGGGGAGGACAUCCGUGCCUGCCUUGACAUCCUUCUUAAAUGUUCUGAAGACCUAAAGAAAUGUACUGACAUCAUCAAGCAGUGCAUCAGACGCAAAGCUGGUGGAGGGCAGGAGGAUGGGGGAGCCAGUCCUGACAGUGUGUAUCGGGCUGUGAUGUCCCGACUCAGCUCCUAUCUGAAGAGACUGCCUCUGGAUCUGGAGGGGAUUGGAGGUUUGGGAGGCAGUGGGCAGGGUACACUUGGAAGCGGGCACAGUGAUCUGGCCGAGCUGGUCAACACUCUCCACUCCAUUCAGCAGGGACCUUACUCUCCAAUAUUUGGCAAUGAGCAGCCUCCUCGCUAUGAGGAUGUAGUGCACUCACCUCCCAUCCCAAAGACUGUUCCUCACUCGUCUUCCUCGUCUUUUUUGAAAUCAGACUCCAUCAAUACCAAACCAGUCCAAAGCUCCCCAUCUAGAACCAUUCCUCUUACUAAUGGAAUACAGCAUCUCCACUCUUCUAUCACACAACACACAGUCUCUUCCCCCUCUGUCACUGGCUCUACAUCCGGCUCCUCUCCAACACACUCUCCUUCCCCUCUUCAUACCUCCCCAAUGCCAUCAUACGCACACACUCCUCCAGCAUCCCCCAUGGAGGCUCUCUUUAUAGAGGAGGAGGAAGCAGAGGUGGGCAAGACACAGGAACAAAUAUCACAGCAGACACACGCUUCAAGCAGAGGGGUAAACACUACCCAAAACAAAAAUGGAACUGUGUUAAGUCAACACAUGCACCUAUCCCAACCACACACACUCCAUAACUCUUCAACUGGCUCCAGUCCCACUUGGCCCUCGUCUGCCUCAGUAGCAGUCACGCACAGGAAUGAUGAUAUUGACAAGCUGCUGAUGGACUUGGAGAAUCUGUCUCAGAGUAUGAGCCACCCCAGAAACAUGGAGCCUCCACUUCCAGCCAAGACCAGGAAGAGAGAAGGAGGCCAGGGGACUGCCUCCAGUGAGGGUGUCACUCAGCACAAAAUGACCCAGUUUCAAGUCCAGAAUCCAGCUAGCCACUUAGCCAUGAAUGGCCCCAACUCCAGGACUGACCUGAGUCUCACUCCUCCCCAGGGAGAGAACAGAGAAGCUCUGAUAGGAGGGGAGGAGGAUGGGGCACUACUGCUGAGGAUCCUAGAGAGCAUUGAGAGCUUUGCACAGGAGCUGGUGGAUUCUGGAGCAGGGAGAACAGGGAGUGCUGAGAGGAAGAGUGGGAAGGAGAGGGAGGUGAUGAGGCUCCUGCAGGAUACGUUGGCUGCCACUGGCAGGGCUGACACCUGUCUGGGCAGCACAAACCCACCAGCUGCUGUUCCCAUGCACACAAAUGCAGUCCCAUCUAUACCGACAAAACACUCCCUUGAAAAUACACCUGCAGCUUCACCUGUACCUGCAGUAUCUGAAGCAGUGGUGUGCAGUGCUACAUCCGAUCCUGCACCUAAAUCUACACCUGAUGCUGCCUGCAAACCUCUGCCUAUACCUACACAUGAGCCUGCAACUGAGGCUACAGAUAAAGUUGCAGACCUGUCUUCAAGUGAUAGUCCUGCUCCUGUAACAUCUGCAAGUUUGCAUUCCUUCACACCUUCAUUUGACUUUACACCUGUGACUGCAGCUGAACCUCCAGCUCCUGUUGCCAUCCCAGCUGCAGCAGCUGUGAGAGAUGCAGCCAUUGCUGUUGGUGACCCUGCUGCUGUGAGAGACACCGGUUCAACCCUCCUCAUCCAGCAGACUCCAGAGGUGAUCAGAGUGCAGUCCAAGCCAGAUAAGAAACCAGGCACACCUCCACCAGCUCCUGCCCCAUCCACAGCCACACCCACCCCCACACCACGCUCACCUAGCCCUCCUCCAGCUCCGGUGAUAGUCUCCCCUCCACCCCCUGCCAUCAACAUUCCCAGGUUCUACUACCCCCGUGGGCUCCCUGCCCUGGGCUUGACUGCCAACCACGAUGUAGUCAUCACCGCCAUCGAGGCGGCCUUCACUGAGUUUGAGGAGGAGAAGGCUGACAUAUAUGAAAUGGGCAAAAUUGCAAAGGCAUGCGGAUGUCCACUUUACUGGAAGGCUCCCAUGUUCUAUGCAGCAGGUGGUGAAAGGACGGGAUAUGUGUCUGUUCACUCCUUUAUUGCAACCUGGAGGAAGUUGCUGCACAGUUGCCAUGAUGAUGCAUCAAAGUUUAUAUAUCUGCUUGCCAAACCUGGCUGUAGCUACCUGGAGCAGGAGGACUUCAUUCCUCUACUGCAGGACAUGGUGGAUACACACCCUGGUCUCACAUUUCUGAAGGAUGCGCCUGAAUUCCAUUCCCGCUACAUAACAACGGUGAUCCAGCGGAUAUACUACGUGGUGAAUCGUUCGUGGACGGGUCGUAUGACCAUGAUGGAGCUGCGCAGGAGCAACUUCCUACAGACUCUGGCUUUGCUGGAGGAGGAGGACGACAUCAACCAGAUCACUGACUACUUCUCCUACGAGCACUUCUACGUCAUCUACUGCAAGUUUUGGGAGCUGGACAGUGACCAUGACCUGUACAUUGACCCCAAAGACCUGGCGCGAUACAACGACCACGCAUCCUCAAACAGAAUUAUUGAGAGAUUGUUCUCAGGGGCCGUUACGCGGGGUAACGCUGUGCAGCGAGAAGGCAGGAUGAGCUACGCUGAGUUUGUCUGGUUCCUCAUAUCUGAGGAAGACAAGAAAAAUCCUACCAGUAUUGAGUACUGGUUCCGGUGCAUGGACGUAGAUGGCGAUGGUGUUCUGUCCAUGUUUGAGCUGGAGUAUUUCUAUGAGGAACAGUGUGAAAGGAUGGAAAGGAUGGGCAUUGAACCUCUGCCCUUCCAGGAUUUGCUCUGCCAAAUGCUUGAUCUGGUCAAACCUGAGAGCCCAGGUAAGAUAACCCUGGGUGAUCUAAAGCGCUGCCGGAUGGCCCACAUAUUCUUUGACACCUUCUUCAACCUGGAGAAAUACCUGGACCAUGAACAGAGAGAUCCAUUUGCUGUGCAGAAGGACAUUGAUAGUGAAGGUCCAGAGCCAUCUGACUGGGAUAAAUAUGCCUCAGAGGAAUAUGAGAUACUGGUGGCAGAGGAGACUGCAAAUGAACAGCUACACGAGGGUUCAUUUGAUGAUGACUAUGAAUCUGAGGAACUUCAAGUCCCUGGAGAGAUUGGGAAUAAAAUGGAUAAACUGGUUAUAUCUGAUCUUUCAGCAUAACCGUUUCAUGGAAUUCCUGGGCCUCUCUUCCUGGAAAACAGAUGUAAAGCAUGUACUGUAAUUGAGGGUCCUUUGAGAUGGAUGCAUCAGCAAAUACAUGGAUGUAAAUACAGAAAGAGAGAAAGGGAUUCUGGCUUCUUCCUUAACAAUGACUGUGAAGUCUCCUCAGAAUGGACUCAACGGUUUUUGUGUGGGUAGAUGUAAACCAGUACUGUUCUGUGUCUGGCGCAAUAAUGCCUCUGUAUUCAUACAGAUAACAGUGUCACUGCCUCCAGCAUUUGUCUUCAUCUGAGAGAACUAAGGCAACAAUGGAGGGAGAAGUGCCAGAUAAGCUCUGGAAAGAAUAGAGAAAAAUAACAUCACUGUAAAAUAAUGUAAUUGCUAUUGUGAAUUCUCACCGACAAUCCUGCCAGAAGACAAUCGCAUGCAAUUUCUAAUGCUGCUGUGCUAAAAACAGACAGGAAGACUGCCCUUUACAUAAAUCGACUCCAAACUGGUGAAACAGGGAGACAGAAACAGAAAAUGAAAGUGACACAGCAGUGCCAUUCAGAACACACAGCCACAACACUCAGCUGCUCGGUUAUACAAAAUACAAACAGACGCUGCCAUCAGAAACUUACUGACUGUGCAGCUUGUCACUGUCUUCCUCAUAAAGGAAGUUAAACCUCUAUCCCCUUCAGGGAAGAAUCAUGUAACAGUUUGGCUGGUUGUAACAGCCCCUCUCUGUGGCCAGUCUGUGCUACUGCAUGCCAUCAUAAUGGCUGGCCAGCUUUUCCAAGAGGGAAUUCAGUUCACUGUGCAGCUUGAGCUGCUCUAUUCUUAGUGUGGCCUUAUUAGUGCUCCACCUCUGGACUCCUUUUGCAGUCAUUUCUAAACCCUGGGGAAAGUGUCUGACUACAUGGACUGUAGUGAGUCUCAACAGGUCAUGGUGAGAUAUGCACAUACUGUAUGUAAAAUGAUGCAUGCUGACAAACAUAUCAAACUCUCUGGUAGAGUUGCCCCCACAUUUCCACCUGUAACAUUUGUAAUAAUGUAAGAACUGUGAGUUGUUGCUAUCAGUCUUGUGCAAUUACCCAUCAUACCCCACUGUACCUGUUGACUCUGUUCAGUAUUUUUGAUUAAUUACUUUGAUUUGUACUUGUCACUAAUGCCAAAACUGUCUUUUUCUGCUAAGGAAUCACUGUCAUGUACCAUUUGUUUAUGAAACUUUCAGAUGCCCAUACACACUAAUAAUAAUAAUAAUAAUAAUAAUGCCUUUUAAAGGGCAAGGACACCCAACUUAAAACAAAAAACUUUCUCAGUGCUCUAGUACUCUAGGGGUAUCUAGCCAUGUAAAAAAGUUUUAGUUUAUAUUCCCAGGGUUUGACAUCCAUGUCUCUGAGAUCUCAGCCUCCAUCUCACUACAGUGAAAGCACUUUGAUUUUUUUUUCCAUCUGAGCUACUUUCUGUUGCAAAAUAGUCCUGACAUGAAGGCUUGUGGAUUAUCCAGAGUAAAAAGAAGAGGUUGCAUGUCAUUUUUCCAUGAUUAGAGCUCCACAGCUGAAAAUCUUUGUGCCCCCAUUGUACUGAGAUGGAGGCAAAAAUCACAGAGAUCGUCUUCAAACCCGGAUAAAUACGACCCUAACUAUUUGUAUAGAUAGAUAACACUAAGUGAGAUUCUAUCUGUUGUUAAUUUGUGUGAACUGACCCUUUAACUUCAUUGUUUGCCUUGCUGCGCUCACAGGGCCAGGUGCAUGUGUGUACACUGACAUUACUGUAACAGCUAAGCGCCUGUUAACUUAUAAAUCAUUCAUAGAGGAGUGUGUUUAGGAGUGCUCUGUAGCCCUCAGCUUCGGGCUGUAUAUACUGUAUGUUGUAAUUGUUGCCAUGAGAACAGUGUUGCCGGGGUCAGUGUGUGUGCGCGCACACUCUUAUAACUCUUUAAUUAGAAGUGGGACAGCUUUUGUCCACAAUGGCCUCAGAUUCACUGGUGUAUCCUUCCAUUACUGACGUUGGCUCUACACCAACACCACACACAGACACACUUAUACACACACACAACACUAUAGUUGUUAUUGAAAGAAAGAACGGGAGAGAGAGCACUAGGCCUUAAGGACCUCAAAUGUCCCCCUUCUGCUCUAUAGCCAUUGUAAAUGUGCCUGACUGUGUAUAAAACUAUAUUAUUAUAAUAAUGACAGCAGUAAUAAGAGCCAGAUAUAACGGCUCUGAUUUUUGAUGUAUUUUUGAUGGUUUGUAUUUUUGUGCCACUGUGUGGCUCGGGAUAGGGGGGUAAAUUAUGUUUGAUGUGUCUAUGUUUAUAUAAUAGACUCGUGGUGGAUUUCAUCAGCAGAAGAGAGAAAAAUCCUCCAAAGGACUGACUUUAAGCUCCGUCCACCUGACGAGCACAAAAUGGAAACCCAGUGUAGAAACCUCUGAGACUGAUGUUUCACUGCUGUUAUCACCAACGCUCACUUUUUCACCCAGACAGUAUUUCAAAGGAACUGUUGCCGUGAUGAGACGUGUCCAGUUGAUAACUGUCUGACUCUAUGCAACGUGUCCUGGUGCUCACAGAUGAAGCUUCAGGCAAGGAGGAAAGCCAUACAGGACUUUGCUUUGAAAUUAGAUCUCUACUGUGAGAGGUAGAGAAAAGACUUUUAUUUUGAUUUCUUCUUCUUCUGUGCAGAGGACACUUGAGUAGGUGUAGUGAUGCGAAUUUUGAUGGUUAUGCUAUUGGCAUGGCUUGCUUUCUUUUUUUCUCCUGCUCACUUA